AUGUCGGCCAGCCAGCCCAGCCAGACGCUGUACAUCAGCAACAUCGCCUACGACAAGGCCCGAAAGGACGAGGUCCGAAGAGCCCUGUAUGCGCUCUUCUCGACGUACGGACGGGUGGUAGACGUUGUGCACACGCGGGCGCCGAGGAUGAGGGGGACCGCUUUCGUCGUCUUCCGCGACCUGGCGAGCAGCACGGCGGCGAUGCGAGGGUUGGACGGAGAGUCAUUCUACGGUCGAGGCUUGCGGAUCUCGUACGCCAAGGGCACAUCUUACGCCACGAUUGCGCAGACAGAGGGACCCCAAGCGGUGUAUGCCAUCAAGCUGGGCUUGAGGGAUGCGAACGAGGAGGCGGGCAACAAGUCGCGGUUGACGGUCUCGGGCGCGCAGAAGAAGCUGAUCGACGACCGGCGGAAGGAGAAGCGUGGACGGGAAGACGAGGAGGAGGAAGAGGAGGAAGAAGAGGACGAGGAUGAGGAGCCGCAGGCGAAGAAGAGCAAGCAGGCGGAGGAGGAAGACGACGCUAUGGAGGAGUCGGACGACGAGGAGGCGCCAGCACCGACGGCAGGACAAGGCAGCGAGCCGAACCCUAUACUCUACAUCGAAGGUCUGCCAGCGGAGCUCACGGGCGAUAUGCUCUCGACUCUCUUCCAACAAUACCCCGGCCUCUCCUCCACGCGCCUACUUCCCGUCCCUGUCGGCGCAGCCAAGAACAGCGGCACCGCUUUCGUCUCUUACGAGUCGACGAUGCAGGCGGGUGUCGCCAAGGAGGCGCUCGACGGCUUCCUCGUCGACCGUGAUGCGCCGAUGAAGGUCAGCUGGGCCAAGCGGGGAUAG